UAAAAAGCUUUGCAUUAUUGUUAUAUUUAUCAUUAUAUGUACAAAAUUUAUUACAAUUUCUAUUUCAUUUAAUCCAUUCCGUUUUUACAGCCAUUCCAUAUAUUUUUACAGAUAGUCAACAAUUGAAUACAAAUGAGUAUUCAUCAGUCAAAAAAAGACAGCUCGAAAAACUUCAAUCUUUCCAAGUCAAGAACUCACAGCAAAAGAACAUAGUGAACUAUAACGUCCAGCGGCCAUCAUCAAUCUACACUCCACUAAAUACUAGUUUCUCGACAAUCGAACAAUCUUUGUCCACACCAUAUUUUACUCCGCGACUAACUAGCCAACAGUCUGAAACAUACAUACCACAAACAUUCAGAGGCUACACAUUCUUUAAACCUCAAUCGAAUCAGUUUUCGCAUUCAGCCUCUUUGCCAAUGAAUUGCUCAAAAUUUUCAUCCAGUUGUUUAACACCGCAAUCUCUGUUUUUCUCAUUGAUCAAACCACAAUCAUUCCGUUCUCCCUUUAGAACUGGCAGGCAAAAUCCAGGCUCAAUGGGACUGGUGGCAGGAACUGGUGGCCAUUAUGCACCUGAUAUUAAUAAUAACACUAAUAUGCAAAACAUUGAAAAGGCUGAUCUUAUCGAGGUCAUAGGUGACGUCAAAAUUAGAGGAAAUGAAACAGUUGAACCACCACUACCUUCACCACCACCACGUACACCACCAACAUAUUCACCAAAACCAUAUACACCACCACGUACAUCACCUCCACCAACCACAACUAGAAGACCACCAGCAUACUAUCUUCCUCCGGUAACAAGUAGAACUACUUUUCCAAAUGUACCAAAAAAAGAUCCCCAAAUUGCUGAAACUACAACUGAUACUUCAAAAACCAUUCAGGCUGAUAAUGAUCGCAAUCAUCCUCCACAUAUUCAUAGCCUUGAUGUGGAAUGCAGUAAAACUACGAUGACGAUCAAUAUCGAAUUCAAUCGCGCAUUUUACGGCAUUAUUUAUUCUAAGGGAUUUUACACAAAUCCGGAAUGUAUCUAUGUAAAACAGAAUUCUGGCUUAACGCGAUACUCUUUCAAGGUGAAUCUAGGCUCCUGCGGAACUAAAUUUAUUAACGAUUUCGAGAGUGCGACUGGCCAAGCGUAUUUGGAAAAUGUUCUCGUAUUACAAAAUGAACCGGAUAUACAAGAAGUCUGGGAUACAGUUCGAAGAGUACAAUGUAUCUGGAAAGGAAACAUCAAUCAGACUCUGACAACGAAUCUCUCAGUAGAUAUGUUGAACCAGGAGAUUGUUACAUUUAAUGGUGAUACUGCGACAGUCAAAUUAGAUAUUCAAAUAGGCAAAGGACCUUUUGCACCAAUAGCCAAUGGACUUGUAAAAAUUGGAGAAACAAUGACUUUAGUAGUUUCUGUAAAGGGUGAUUCUGAUUUUGAUCUUCAGGUACGCGACUGUUUGGCGCGAGAUGAAACUUCGACCAACAUGCUGAAACUUACCGAUGAAAAAGGCUGUAAUUUAAAACCAAAACUUUUGGAAUCAUUUAAAAAAACAAAUGACACCGGCAAUACAGGCGCUUCUAUUAUCGCUUACGCAUUCUUUCAUGCUUUUAAAUUUCCCGACGUUAUGGAUCUAUUCAUCGAGUGUAACGUCGAAUUAUGUAAACCUAACUGCGAACCUUGUCUGGAACAAGUGUAUUUUGAAUCUCCACCUUCAAAACUCUUGACUCGUAAUGCUACAGCCAAUCUAGAAAUUAAAAUCGGCAAUGAUCCGUUUGGAAUCAUAGCUAAUGAACCUGUAAGAGUUAAUUCAACUUUGACUUUAGUCAUUUCUGUAAAGAUUGAUCCUGGUUUCGAUAUAGAGGUACGCGACUGCUUUGCUCGAGACAAAGACUCAAACAAAUCUGUAAACAUCACCGACGAAAAUGGCUGCAUUUUAGAUUCACGGUUUGAUGCAUUUCAAAAGACAAACAAAACUCGCAAUACAGGCGCUUCUAUUAUUGCUUUUUCGUCUUUUAAAGCUUUUAAAUUUUCUGGCAUAAAUGUACUUGUCAAAUGUAAAGUCCAAAUAUGUAAAACCAGCUGCGAUCCAUGUCCGAAAGCAAAUCAACAAAUCCAUCCAGGAAGACGUCGUAGAUCUCUAGCAUAUACAUCUUUAAACAGCUUAACAAAUUCAGUUCAGUUAUCAGAUCCAAUACCAGUCAAACAGCAUCUUAAAGUGAUUCCGUUAGACGACUUGAACACAGUAUUUAGUCAAAUUCUGGAUAUGGAACAAACAGUUUCUAUCGGAACAAAAGAUGCCCGCAUGAGCAACUGAAGAUUUUAUGUAACUUUGUCUCUUAUGUUGAGCAUACUCUUUAUUACUGUUAUAAGCGCAACUGUGUUAUGUGUAUGAAUUAUAUUACUAUACUCAGAAAUCAGAAUUCAAAGAUUCGUAAUACUAUUUUUGUUUUAUUAUUAUCGUAAUAAUAUCAUAAAGGAAAUAACGUAAA